GCCGCCGCCGCCUACAGCAGCCGAGCACCUUCAAACAACAGUCCAGCGACCAGCACCUUCCAGCUUUCAGCACCUUCCAGCACCUUCCAGCUUUCCGACAAGAAUGUCUCAUGGAGAAGCUUCAACAGCUGCCACUAGUGGAAAAUGUUCGAAUAGAACUGAUCCGGGCUGGAAGUAUUGUUCUCCCGUUGAUGAAAAGUUGACUAGUAAAGUCAAAUGCCACUUUUGCAACAAAGAGAUGAACGGGGGCAUCACAAGAGCAAAAGAGCAUCUGAUGGGCAAGAAAGGAAAGGUUGCCCCAUGUCCUAGUUGUCCGAAACAGGUGCGAGAUGAGCUUUGGGAUCACUUCCAAUCCAAAAAAAAUUUUGGAAGCUCAGAUUUUGCGAAGUAUACAAAGUUUGUCGAUCUAGGUAGUACUGAUAGUACGAGUGGCAUUGGCAAUGCAGAUGAAGAUGCUACAGUAGUAAGAGGGCCGAUGGAUGCGUUUAUGAAAAGGGGUGCAGCUGCAAGUGCUGGAAAACUAAGCAAAGAGAAUAUGAGGCAACAGAAUGUGAAAGAAUCUCUUGAUAAAAAUGCUGUAGCACUAGUCCACCAGGAUAUUGCUCGGUUUUGGUAUCAUGCAGGCUUGUCGUUCAAUGCGAUUCGGUUGCCGUACUUUGAUCGGAUGGUUAAAUCAAUUGGAGAAUUUGGCAAGAAUUUGCCAGUUCCGAGCUAUCAUGACAUCAGAGUUCCUCUUUUGCACAAAGAGAUGGAACAUACUGAAGCAUUAUUGGAGAAAAAGAAGAAGGUAUGGACGGAGGUUGGUUGCUCGAUUAUGUCAGAUGGAUGGUCUGAUCGGAAACAGAGGAGUAUUAUUAACUUUUUAGUUAAUUCUCCUAGUGGAUCGGUAUUUAUUAGAUCUAUUGAUGCAUCUGGCAUUGUGAAGACAGGAGAAAAAAUAUUUGAGAUGCUUGAUUCUAUGGUUGAUGAAAUUGGUGAAGAAAAUGUUUUUUCUUCACAAUGAUGAUGAGC